AUGCCUCUUAAGCGGACAGCAAAUGCAGGUCUACAACUUAGGGUAGCGAGUAAGAAGAAGAGAGCGGUGCUUUUCACCCACGACUGGAGCAAGACGGCGCGCAACAGAGUCUCGACAAAGCCCACGGCAAAACGAAUCCUGGAAGUGCCACUGAAGCAGAGCGAGAGGAUGUUUGGCAAGGCCAAAGGUGGCGAAAGGAAGCCCUACAUGCGUAAAGUCACCUUGUAA